AAGGUUCGAUCAAUGUCAAGGUUGCUGGAAAUCAUGGUUGAUCAACAAAGGCUGUAAACGUGGCUAUUUAUUUUUCUAUGGAGGCCGCCAUAUUUGUUUACAGUGUGUUAUGUGCCACGACCUCUGAUUGGACAAUGCUAAUUAGUCACGUGUAAACACAACGAGCGCAAAAAUUCGGGAAUUGUUGAGUAUUGAAGCAACGACUAGUUGUAAAAUUCGCGGUCGUUGCUUCAGGAACAUGCGGUUGAUUGUUCUUGAUACCGUAAAGUUCCUAGUUGUUUUACUAACAAUGUUUUAUCAAUCACUGAUUCUUCAAAACAUGUGUAUUUUACAUCAGGGGUUUGGUCAUUUUAUCUACUUCCUCAUCAAGUGACUUCACAAUCUCGGUUUUUGUUUCCUCACCAACUUGUUUGGCUUCAGAACAGAUUUGUUCAACUUGUCGGUCAACAGCAUCACAUGACGUGUUUGUAGAGUGUUCAAUAUCUGUUUUAAUUUUGAUCAACAAUUUAUAAAAUUGUUCAAAUUGACAAACAUGACUUUCUAUUUCGGCUCGUAAGCCUUCAAGCUCAUCUCUGGUUUGAACAUCUGUUACAAAACAAUCGGAACAAACAGCGGUUGAACAAUCUUUACAAUAACAUCGCACUUCUUUGUCAUGGUGGUUUGGGCAGAUUUUUUUAGAUUUCGGACCGGCAUUAUCUCCUCUUGUUGUUUGUAAUGCAACAUUAAUAUCUAAAAUCAUGUGUCCACGACUUAGAUUAAACCCAUCAUGGGUUGUUCUACAAGCACUACACAAAUAUUGUUCACGCUCUUCACACCCGAACUCAGAAAAAACACCAGUUUUACAAACAUCGCAUUGUGGAAUUUCUGCCUUACCAAUAUCGCUCACCAACUCCUGCCGGACAUCUACAUUGGACGCAAAGUCCUUUACACCACCAAUCGGGAUAUUUACAUUAUGACGACAUAAUGGACAGAGAAACUGAAUGUUAGCAGAUGCAUUGUUGAUAUGAUCUUCUAGACAUGUGAAACAGAACGAAUGUUGACAGUCGAUUAUCUUAGGUUGUUUAAAAUCGUUUAAACAAACAAAUACUGCAGAGUGGUCUAUCCGUGAUGUUAGUAGCCAUAUUGAUUAUGGUCAAAUUUAGACUAUAACGUUAUCUCUAAUAUAGUUACACACACGAGACUGUAGCUGAUACAAGUUUAUCAUUAUAUAUAACAAUAUUUACUAUACAGUUACUAUAUACUUAACUUGAUUAUCUGUCAUAUAUAUUCCAAUAAUUAUAGGCACAUGGGACCGUGUUUGGCAAUCUUCUCAUCAUAAUUUUGUAGGGGGUUGACCGUUUAGAUAUUUUGCUACGAGGAUUUGAUGUUGACUAUAGGGUGAAAAUCUCACCUCCAACACAAUAAUAGCUCUGCAGAAAGACAUUUUACACCCCCUAUCCCUCCGCUGUGAUAUCAUCAGUAUUAUCCAAAACUGCUAUUAAAUUGCAUAUUUGAUCCCUUUUCUCCAAUUCUAGACCAAAAAAUCAACCCAAAAAUGCAAGAAAAGGGGAGAAAAAAUUAAGGGAAAAAUUGUCUAUUAAUAACUGGCACUACAUUCGUCCAUCAUGAAAUAAAGGGAAAUAAUUUCUAAUCUUAGUCCUAUAAACCUCACAUGUUCUUGCUGUUUGAACAAAUCUGUUGUAGUCUAAUAAACAAACAUAUAUGCAAUGCCCUGGCCAACGAUUAUGAAAAUCCAUGCAUUUUCAGACCAAUAGUGCAGCAUUAUCCAAACACCAUUAUACAGCAGCAAACUGCGGGUUUUCAGAAAUAAAUUUAAAAGCACAUGAAUUUUGAUUUCCACAGAACAUUUUUAUUUUUGAACAUAAAUGCAUUCUGUAAAAAGAUAACAUAAAUUCAAUAUAAAUCAAACAAGAAAAUCCUUUAAAACAGUAAUUAUCAUGCAAUAUUAGAUUUUUUAACAUUUUCGUCGAAAAGCACAGUGCCAAAUUGUGGUCAAAUCUAAGAUGUUGAAACAUGCAGUGCCUAUAAAUUUUAAAAUGUCUCCUACAUAGCUGUAUUUACAUAGGACAAUUAAGUUCAGAUAAUCUGAUUAUGAAACACUACAACAGUUUUAUGAUCCCCACCCCCUGGUAUGGAAUCUGAUACAUGGCUGACCAAUCAUAGUUCUCACUCUUCAUUCUGGUCUGUCAAAUGAUUUACAAUGGUGAUGGUACCAACAACGUUCCUGAGCCAGAGAUACGCACAACAGUCAACAUACAAGCCAUUUAUGUUAUCUUCCAAUAAUAAACGCAAAGCUGUCUUUUUCAAUAUAGGGAAAUAAUUACUAGUCUUAGUCCAGAAUGUAGUAGAUAGGACCUCUUAUGGUCAUGGAGAGUCAUAAUAUGGUAUAGAGUAUGUAAUAUAUAAAUAGUUAACGGAAUAAUACUUACACGUGACUGUUGUUGAUUCCCGGCGACUCUUGUUAACAAAAUGUGCCGAGAUAGAAAAUGGUUGGUCGAUUUGAUAAAAUGAAGGUUAUGUUACAGUUGUACGAUUUGACGAAAUGAAGGCUAUGUUAUGGUUGGACAAUUUGACAUUAGAUAUGGGGCGAAAAUAACAGCAAGCUAAUCAUUUAGUCGUCUGUGUAACUUCUUACAAUUAUUUUAAUCCCUGUGGGUACACGUUGUGAGAAUCACAUAGCAGAUUAUAACAACAAUUGGAGACCUGAGACAAGAGACUACGAGCAAAGCUAUUAUAGAAUCAACUGUAGCCAAGUUUAGUCGACUGUAUGUUCUGAUGUGGAUGAGAGUAUCAAAACAGACGGUGUUUAAUUUAUUUAUUUCUUGUGGUUUUGUUUUGAUGUUUGUACAACUGAAUCUCCUACAUCAAAAUAUGCCACAGGAAAAUAAAAACCUUCCAAAUUCUGGAGAAAAUAGUGAAAAGGACACCCAUAACACCAAUAAAAAUGGCACGAACGAGUUAAAUGUAAACGCAGAGAAAGCUGGAAAUACAAAGGAAGCAGAACAUAAGGGUGCAAAUCUACUAUCUUUAAACGCAAGUCAAGAUGAUUCAAACCAGAUGGCUGAUAACCAGGAGGAAGACAACGACGACACAUUUCGUCCAAAUUGUGAUAAACUAACCCAAGGGUCACUGUACGAAUUUACUCAAGUGAAAACAAUGCUCGGUGAUUUACAAAGACGAUUCGUCACGGCGGAUAAUUACGUUAAAUAUACUGAAGACUGCGAUGACUUUAUACGGAACAGAAAAUACAAGAUGGAUGUGACUCAAGAAGAGGGAGAUUUUCCACUCGCGUUUAGUAUUGUCACAUACAAAACUGUCGAACAAACGGAAAAAUUACUGCGAGCCAUUUAUAGGCCCAGUAACUACUAUUGUAUCCAUGUCGACAAAAAAACUGAAGAAAAUACUAAAACCGCUUUUAAUCAAAUCAGUCGAUGUUUUAAUAACGUCUUCAUCUCCUCGAGAUCUGUGAAUGUGAAGUGGGGAACGUUCAGUGUUAUUGAACCCGAGUUUAUCUGCAUGCAAGAUCUAUUGAAAUAUUCAUGGCGAUAUUUUAUAAAUCUAACUGGCCAAGACUUUCCUCUUAAAACUAACCUUGAACUAGUCCAGAUACUGAAAUCUCUACGUGGCGCCAAUCUCGUCGAUGGCUCCAUGAAUCUAUCCGGUAAAAAGGACGAAGAGUUCACAAAACGAUGGAAAGAACAUGCCCCAGCACCACAUAAAAUCAAACCUAUAAAGGGCAACAGCCACAUAGCCGUAAUUAAAGGUUUUGUGGAAUUUAUUUUACACGAUAAAAGGGUGGUCGAUUUUACAUCAUGGGUGAAGAAAACAAGAAUGCCAGAUGAAACGUUUUUCUCGUCUGUAAAUUACAAUCCACAUCUACGAGCACCCGGAGGUCUUAAAGAUCACAGAAAAUUGAAUCAUUCUGUGUUACCAUAUAUAGCUCGAUUUAAGAAUUGGGGCACAGCUUGGGGUACAAACUAUUUCAAUUGGCCAUGUCAGGGAAAACGUGUUCGAGAACUGUGUGUUUUCGGAGUGGGUGAUCUCCCUUUAUUAACAACCCGACAAGAACUGUUCGUUAAUAAAUUAGAUAUAGAAUAUGAUCCGUAUGCUAUAGAUUGUUUAGAAGAGUGGAUGAAUAACAAGGAAUCCCAGCAAUUAUCAGGAGAAUCUCAGUUUAAAGUGGAUUUUUAUAGAAAUUUAUAUGUUGUUAAAAAUAGAAUAUAAAAGAAGAUUGGCUGUUUGUGAUGGUUGCUGCAGAGAGUCCCAAUGAAAAAAGGUUACAAAUGGCCCUCCGUAAUGCACCACUGACACUGGGAAACCAUGCCGGAAGAUAAGGAUAAACUUUCUCGAUCAACACCAGGAGCAAACUGUGACCUCCCGGUUAGUGAGCCAGUUACUCACUGGCAAAUUACAACAGGGUUAUACUGAAUGUGGUAAACUACAAGGGGGUUAUAUAGAAUGUGGUAGCCUAAACUCCAAGGGGGUUACAUAGAAUGUGGUAGAUUACAACAGGUUUAUACUGAAUGUGGUAGAUAACAACAGGUUUAUACUGAAUGUGGUGAAUUACAGCAGAAUCAUACUGAAUGUGGUAAAUUACAACAGGGUUAUACUGAAUGUGGUAAAUUACAUCGGAGUUGUAUAGAAUGUGGUAGAUUACAAAGCUUGUGUACAAGGGGGUUAUAUUGGAUGUGGUAGAUUACAACAGUCUAGAUAGACAAUGUAUUGUAUAGCACAUCAGGAAUCCAGAUCUAGAAUCCUCAGAAUCCCUACCUCAAAACCAAUGUAACCAUGAUGAUUGUUUAAAUAAAAUAAAUUUAUUUACAAUAAUUACAUGUUUACAGUCUGAUUUAAGCACUUAAUAUAAAAACCUAAUACAUAACUAAACAUAAACAAUAACAUUAGAUUCAAUGGAUAACCUACAACAUUUCAUUCAGCAUGGUCUAACAUAUGGAAAUUAAAAUUAAAAUUUAUUGCAUUUCUGGUUCUUAUUUUAUAUGGACAAUUAUCAAAUAAAAUUUAUUCUGUUUCCCAAUAACAGGAUUAUUUUUCAACAAAUUUAAUCGUAACUGUGUGGAGAUUUGUUGCUGAUCUGACAUUGUGUGUAUUACUAGAGCGUUCACAAAGUUUCCAUAACAAAGGCAGUAUUUCUUUCAAAAUUUGUAAAGUGACUCAAAAAAACCAAACUGAUCCACCAUUGUGUGUAUUUUCCUGACCAUAGUAAGACUAUUAUCAGACGAUGACCCCUUUAAUUAGUUCGGGCACCAUAUCUUGUCUAUCAGAUCUAAUACACACAGUUCUGUGCAGGGAGAGGGGAAGAGAGCCUGACAGCCCUGGACAUCCAUUUCAGGAGGGCAUCCAGUCAAAGAGUGAAAUUAAAAUUAAAAGUUUUUUGGAGAAUUAUUGCUGUUAAAUUUGUUGUACAACUGCUCUAAUGAAUUUUUAUAAAAAAUGUUUGUUCCAUCUGUUUGUAUACAUAGUUAAACUGUCUCCCUUUCUCGCAUUCUUGGGUACUAGGCCCCUUGCGACCAUAAAUUCAAGGAGUUGGUUCCAGGCAUCACAAAAACCUCUAUACACCACUUCAUACACAGCUCUGAUAUGAACAUGUUCCGGUCAAUUCAUCCUUCUCUCUAAAACGCUAGAUCAAUAUUUCCUCAUCUGUUUUUUAAAUUUUUCGUAAUGGAAAUCAUCAGUGGCUUUCUCUGUUUUAUUGUUUGAUGAUGAGUCUGUAAAUAGUGAAUAAUAAAUUAGAUGUAAAUUUC